CGAACACGCGUAGUUCUUUCAACUCGCGACUCUGAUAAAAACUUCGGAUCUGCUUAGCAUUUGAAAGAUCUUUCAGAACGUGCGAAAAUGCAAGGUGGAUCAACCGGCAUCGGCUACGGCCUCAAGUAUCAGGCCAGAUGCAUUUCGGAUGUGAAGGCGGAUACAGAUCACACGAGCUUCCUGACCGGCACUCUCAGUCUCAAAGAAGAAAACGAGGUGCAUCUGAUAAGGCUCUCGUCUAGUGGCACUGAAUUGAUCUGCGAGGGUUUGUUUUCUCAUCCGAACGAGAUAUGGGAUCUUGCGUCUUGUCCUUUUGAUCAGAGGAUUUUCUCUACUGUAUUCUCUUCUGGGGAAGCAUAUGGGGCAGCGGUAUGGCAAAUUCCAGAGUUGUAUGGCCAACUUAGUUCGCCUCAGCUGGAAAGUGUUGCUUCUCUCGAUGCACACACCUGCAAAAUUAGAAGUGUACUCUGGUGGCCUACAGGAAGGCAUGACAAGCUAGUUAGUAUUGAUGAGCAAAAUCUCUUCCUCUGGAGCUUAGAUACUUCAAAGAAGACUGCUCAGGUACAAUCAAAAGAAUCAGCCGGCAUGCGUCAUAGUUUAAGUGGCGGAGCGUGGGACCCGCACGACUUCAAUAAUGUAUCUUUAACAUGUGAUUCAUCAGUUCAACUUUGGGAUUUGAGGACAAUGAAGAAGACUCAUUCAAUUGAGCGUGCCUAUGCCCGCGAUGUCGACUAUGACACAAAAAGAAGGUACAUGCUUGUAACUGCUGAAGAUGAGUCUGGCAUUCACAUAUGGGACAUUAGAAAGUUGAAAUUUCCAGUUGCAGAUCUUCCUGGGCAUUCACACUGGACAUGGGCUGUUAAAUGUAAUCCAAUGUAUGAGGGCCUUAUUCUGAGUGCUGGAACUGACUCAGCUGUAAAUUUGUGGUUGGCGUCUCUACCAAACAAUGAUGGCUCGGUCUCAGAUAGUUUGGAGUCACCAGCCAAGUCACCCGAGACAUUGCUCAAUUCAUACAAUGACUAUGAAGACAGUGUUUAUGGUCUUGCUUGGAGUUCUCGGGAACCAUGGAUAUUUGCUUCAUUGUCUUACGAUGGAAGUGUGGUUGUGGAAUCAAUAAAACCUCAUCUUUCUAGAAAAUGAAAGUUAACAAUAUGUAGUAAGUGAAAAUUCUUAAGCAAAAUUAUCUUGUGCUGAUCUCUGAUACUCAUGGAAAUACUUUAGAAACCUGAACCUUCUGAGACAGAUAUUACACUACGGCAAAGCUUACUCUGUCGUUGAAGAUGUAUUUGCACGUUUUAGCCUUGGUUUAGUUUGUAAGAUGGAUUUCUUUGUUUGUGUUUCAAAAUAUUACUUGGUCCUGAUUCACCUUUACCUUUACCGGCAACUGAUUGGUGCAGUCUUGGCCUGUUGUUUUUUCCCCCCUUCUCUUUUUUCUUCUAUGAAUUAUGCAAGUUGAAUAGGUUGCUUGAAACUUGUAGCACAUGGUGACACAAUAUCAUAUUAUGGGCUAAUUCCACUACCCACCCACCUACCCACCCAUGUAAGAGCAUCUCCAAUGGCCUUUGGAUUGCCUUAUUUUAUUGUCACAUGGCACAAAAAAACUUAUGUGGCAUAAAAAAAUUCUAGAAGUCAUUCUAGAUGUAGAAGUACU